ACUACUGCUUCUUCUUCUGUGUUACUUCCGGUUUAGUUGAAGCCACCACCCAUCGGUCUCCACACCGUUGCAUAUUUGGGAUAUACUAGGCUUGUUUGAGACACAUUGCGGCUCGCCUCGAAAGUAGACGAGAGUAGCCGAUCGCAGCCGGGGGAGGUGUCAAAAAGCUCGUCUUAAGUCGGACAGCUCGGAGUCGGAGUCGGCUUGACUGGCUGGGUUUGCAAUGGCGGCAAUUGUGUUGGCGUUUUUCGUUGCAGAUGAAGUGGAUGCAAUAGAAAUCCCACAUGUAUUGUAUGGAGAAUGGCAUGAUGAACACCGUCUGCCGAGAUUGCAUUUCAGCAAUGAAGUCUGGCCUGCUUUUCCAGUUCAUAUUGGUAUCUGUCACUGUUUUCUGCCAUGGAAAUGACCAAUUCUUCAAUGACGAUGCAAACCUCAUUCUCCCGGGGUCCUACAAUAUUCCAUGGAUGGCGGGCAUUCAGGAUUUCCGCACCCUCUCUCUCCUCACCUUCCCCGGUGCCCACGACAGCAUGGCCCUGCACGGCGGUCGAGAGGCUGAACACCAGGCUUGGUCCCUGAAGGAUCAACUUAGAGCCGGCAUUCGUUUCCUAGAUCUCAAAGUAAUUAAACUGGGUCACACCCUCUAUGUCAUGCAUGGGGUGAUGUACCAGCACAGCACUCUCAGGGAUGUCAUUGACACUGUCCAAGCCUUCCUGUCAGAGUUUAAGACUGAGGCUGUGCUCAUUAGAGUCAAACCAGAGUCUUUUGAGAAGAAAACUAUCAAUGAAAUGGUGCAGAGUCUAAUUGGCAACGACCAGAAUGUGUGGGUGAACACUGCAAUGCCAAAUAUGGGUCAGGUCAGGGGGAAAAUUGUCUUUUUGCAAAAGAGCACCUUCACACUGGGAAUUCCCCUCAUAGAUACAGACGGAAAGCAUUACAAUAAGGUUAGUGAAGUUAAAAAGAAAGACAAAAUGAUAAGUAAGCAGCUGAACCAAGCCACUGAAGCUUGUGGGGGUGAUAAUGCUAUUUUGACUGACAGUACUGGCACAGGCUUUGGUACUUUCAGGGGAAUGUUUCUGACUCCAAAGCGAGUCGCUGAAAAGGUAAACCCAUGGCUCAAUCAAUACCUGAGACAGUUUUACCCAAAUCAGCCCAGACCAUGCUUUGGUAUCAUUGCCAUGGACUUCCCCGGCAUUGACCUCAUUCAAACUGUUAUCAAUUUAAACUAUUGAUGAUAAUGCAAUGCACCCCACAUGAGCUUGAGUGGGCUUAUAUCUGAUGAUUCACUGAUGACUUUCAUUCUUUCCCUUCACUGUACAUUCUUAUGUAGCCGAAUAACUGGAAAUCAUAAAGCAAGCUGAUUGCAUCUUGUGACCAUAAUUAUGACAAAAAUAAAUACAAUUAUAUUGCUUUCUCAUUGA